CCCCACGGGCGAUGACGUCACCGUGGGGGGCUGUCUCCUGUAACAGGACGGGUGGAAGUGAUCGCGCCGCACAGUCGCCAGCGCGCAUCUCAGGACUCAGCAACUUUCCUCUGACCGCACCAAAAACACUCUCGGAGUCACGCAGGGGGACACUUUACCAACAUGGGUUGCUUCGAGUGCUGCAUCAAAUGUCUCGGCGGCGUGCCGUACGCCUCGCUGGUGGCCACCAUCUUGUGCUUCUGUGGCGUGGCCCUCUUCUGCGGCUGUGGUCACGUGGCGCUCACGGGCACCGUCUCCAUCCUGGAGAGUCACUUCUCCAAGGUGGCCAGCGAUCACGCCCUGCUGACCGACGUAAUCCAGCUGAUGCAAUAUGUCAUCUACGGCAUCGCCUCCUUCUUCUUCCUGUACGGCAUCAUCCUGCUGGCCGAGGGCUUCUACACCACCAGCGCUGUCAAGGAGCUGCACAGCGAGUUCAAGACCACCAUCUGCGGACGCUGCAUCAGUGGAAUGUUUGUGUUCCUCACCUACAUUCUGGGCGUGGCCUGGCUGGGCGUGUUCGGCUUCUCCGCCGUGCCCGUCUUCCUCUUCUACAACAUGUGGUCCACCUGCGCCACCAUGAAGUUGCCCACCGCCAACCUCACUGACAUCGACUCCAUCUGCGUGGACGUGCGUCAGUACGGAAUCAUCCCGUGGAACGCCACGCCAGGAAAGGCCUGCGGAUCGACGCUGGGCGACAUCUGCAACACGAGCGAGUUCUACCUGUCUUAUCACUUGUACAUCGUAGCCUGCGCCGGAGCCGGAGCUACAGUCAUCGCUCUGCUGAUCUUCAUGAUGGCUACCACUUAUAACUUUGCCGUUUUGAAGUUUAAGAGUCGAGAAGACUGCUGCACUAAGUUUUAAAGCUCGUUUUGUUUUUUUUAACAGCACGGCGCAGCGCCAACCCUUACACAAACACACACACACACAGAUCACAAAGUGAAGUAAAAAUGCAGAGAAUAGACAGAGUUUCUCCUAGAUUCAAGUGUAAAUUGCUGACUAUAGACUUUCCAGGACGCCUUAAGAUGCCUACAGUAGUUUGUUCCCUGGCAUUCACUUCUAGAACACAUUCCAAGGACUACAACAGUGUUAUUUAUACUCCUCCAGCUCACAGCUAAAACACACAUUUAGUCGUCACAUUUGACUCCAUACACUUUGUUUACUGAUAGCAUACCUUUAAAUAUUAGAGAUGAUUAAUUUGAACAAAAUGGAGCCUUAAAGUUGUUUUGUAUGUUUAUAUGCUAAGUUUUUCCAUCAGUAAUCAUGCUGAUAAGUGUCAUGUGACCACUUGUGUCUUGCCUGUUUCGUUCACAGUCGGCAUGUAUCUCAUUACAAGUCUUUUUUUGGUGGGGUUUUUUUGUACCUAAGAGUAUUUGGGCCACACUAAAGAGGAAAACACUAGAAACAUUUUCAGAAAAAAAUAAACGCGGAAUAUAUAGUAAUAAAAAUAAAAUGACGUCUUAAUGUUGGAAGAAAAAAAGUUGUAAUCUUACAAGUCUGUAUGUUGCAAACAUAUUACAAAAAAGGUUAACAAUGUUUAAUCUUAUGAGAACAAAGUGGAAAUGUAACAACAAAAUAUUGUAUUUUUGUUGAAAGUCAGAAUCUUAAAAUAGUUGAAAAUAAAUCACAAUCCUUAAAGAAAUAACCUGGGAGAAAACUAAAAAAAAAAUUUUUUUUAAUGAUUUUGACUAGAAAAAAAAUCUUGCUGGAUUAAAGUUGCAAUAUUACAACAAAAAUGUUGUGUUUUACAAAACAUGACGUUGUAAAAAUUACUAUAACAACAAUAGUCAUCUUAAAAUACAUUUAAAAAAGAAACUAAAAAAAAGCUCAAGUGAAUAAAUGAAGUUGUCAGUUUGUUCUGAUAAGAAAAAGGUCAAAGUUUGGAAAUUAACUUCAUUGUUAAAAUGUUUUCUUUUUUAAAGACACGGGUUGUGAUUUAACAAAGUGAACAAAUGUGGUAACUUAAGUUAGUUUUCAUGUGGGGGGGGGGGGAACCUGGAAAAAAAGUUGUAAUAUUCCAACAUUGUAAACAGCAACAAUGGUCGUAAUAUUACAAAUCUUGACUUACGUGACCUUUUUAUAAGAAAAAAAUACAUUAUGUUGCAACAAAUUCUCAAAUAAUUUUGAUUCGUGAAGCAUUCUAAAUAUAUUUUCAUAAAAUUAAGACUUUAUUCUCCUAGUUUGUACAUUUUCUUUCCUUUCAGUGUGGCCAUAAUUCUCUUUUUUUGAGAGAGAAAAAUGCAUUUUUCCCCUCAUUUUUGCUGGUUUUGCUUUUGAUAGUUUACAUUUCUUUGAAAUUUUCUCCAAGUGCCAUUAAAGAGCCAUUUUUUGUAAUCUUUAACAUCGAGCCUGCAUGCUUCAAAGUCUGUUUAUAGUCACUUACAUUUUUCAUAUAUUUAAUUAUACGUUUUUUGAAAGACUGUAGCCUUUACAUUCCAUUUGAAAUAAACAAUCUUUGUUUAAAAAAAACAAACAAGGAAACAAAC